UACGACGCGUGUAUGACAUGUGUGUUAUGUUUACAAUUAAAUUCAAUGGUUUUUUAAAUGCAAUGUGUUUUGAGUGAUAAAUAAAUAAAUCAAUUAAUUAUGAAAUUGAAUGACAACUGCGAGUCAUUAAUUAACUCAAGUCUUGGCCAACAAUUGAUGUCAUACUCGAAGAAGUUUAAGAAGAAUGAGUCGAAAAAAAUUAAUAAAAAAUUGGCCAAAAAUAUCAAAACAUUUGGCAACGAUUUGAAACAUCUGUCGACAAAUGAAAUGUCGGUAACUGUGAAACCAAAUGAUUUGCCGAUAAGUUUAGUGCGAAAUGCAAUUAUUUCGGUCGUCAAGACGUAUCAGACAGUCAUCUUCUUGGGUGAAACCGGUUCGGGAAAGACUACACAAAUUCCUCAGUAUUUGUAUGAAACCAAUUUCGUGCCGAAGAAUGGCCACAACAAUGGUAUGAUAGGUGUAACACAACCCCGAAGAGUGGCCGCCAUUUCUAUUGCCACACGAGUGGCGUCUGAAAUGAAUGUACAGUUGGGUUCUGUUGUUGGAUAUGCCGUACGAUUUGAUGACAUGACUUCAAAUGAGACAAAAAUUAAAUAUUUAACUGACGGUACACUUCUUCGGGAAGCUAUAAGUGAUCCUCUUUUGCAUAAAUAUAAAGUCAUUAUUAUAGACGAAGCGCACGAACGCACCAUUCAGACGGAUCUACUAUUAGGUGUUAUCAAAAAAGCACAACAACUCAGAUAUAAUCAACAAAUGCCUGUCCUUAAGGUGAUAGUGAUGUCGGCAACAAUGGAUUGCGACCACUUCGCCAAAUAUUUUAAUGAUUCACCCAUUCAUUACAUAUUAGGUCGACAGCACACCAUUCAGAUAAUGAAUACGAAAGAAAAACAAAGCGAUUAUAUGGAUUCAGCUCUGGUUUCUGUUUUUCAAAUUCAUCAAAAUGAAGAAAUGGGUGAUAUUCUUGUGUUCUGUACGGGACAGGAGGAGAUUGAAUCCAUGAUAAGAACAGUCAAAGAAGUGGUUCCACUGUUAUCUUCAGAAUCUCAUCCAUUAAUAGCACUACCACUUUAUGCAGCUCUUCCCUUACAUAUUCAACAAAAAGUUUUUAAUAAAAUUCAAGAUGGACAUCGAAAAGUAAUAUUUGCCACAAAUAUUGCUGAAACGUCAAUAACUAUACCGAAUAUCAGAUAUGUGAUCGAUUCGGGAAAAGUCAAGUCCCGAACAUUUAAUUCAAUGACCGGAUUUGAAACGUUGAAAGUUCAGUCUAUAUCUAAAGCACAGGCCUGUCAAAGGGCAGGUAGAGCUGGAAGGGAAAUGAGUGGUAUUUGUUAUCGUCUCUACACUAAAGAGGAAUAUAACACUUUUAGAGAUCAUGCGAUUCCGGAAAUUCAAAGAAGUAAUUUAGCAAAUGUUUUGUUGCAUUUAAUAGCCAUUGGUAUUAAUGAUGUCAUGAGUUUUGAUUUUAUUGACAAACCAUCUCAAGAAAAUAUAAUUAACGCAAUUCAACAAUUGAUUCAUUUUGGUGCCAUCGAAGACAAAAACAAUCUUUACUAUAUGACGGAUACGGGAAAAUCAAUGGUAUUAUUUCCAGUUGAACCUAAAUAUUCAAAAAUAAUAAUUUCAUCUAAAUUACAUCAUUGCACUGAAGAAAUUAUUACUAUUUUAUCACUUUUAUCAGUGGAUAAUAUCUAUUACAUUCCGGCCAAUCAGAAAGAUUUUGCAACUGAAGUACACAAAAAGUUUAUUUCAAGUGAAGGAGAUUUGAUUAAAAUGUUGAAAAUAUACAGAGACUAUAGGACUGCCAAAGAAAAUAAGAAAUGGUGUCUCGAAAAUUUUAUUCAUCAAAAUAAUAUGAAAUAUGCGACAGAAAUCAGAAAACAAUUGGCAAAUCUGUGCGUUACGGCUAAUAUACCGUUGGUUUCAUCCAAUAAUACUGAAGUUAUCCGCAAAUGUCUGUGCGAUGGACUCAUAAUGAAUGUGUCGAGACUACAAAAGGAUGGCUAUUAUAAAACCAAAUCAACAAAACAAGAGGUGUUUAUCCAUCCGUCGUCCUGUCUUUUCGGUACAAAACCAGAAUAUAUUAUUUUUAAUGAUUUAGUUCAGACAUCCAAAUGUUAUAUGAGAAAUAUAACUGUUAUCGACAAAGACUGGAUUUCUGGAUAAUCGAUAAAAUUGACAAAUAUU